CGUUUGUUCACAAUGAUCACAUUCCCAGCACACAUAAGGCUUGAUUGUAGUGUGUGUGGAUGUUCGUUCGACCCAACGUAACCAUCUCAAUUAAAUUCCUUCUAUUAGUUCACCAAUGAAAUAUCGUUGUGUCCGCUGGCAGCAUCGUAAAACUUCGAGGACUGGAAUUCUUUAGCGCUAGCCAUGUCGAUAUUCGACGCGACCACUGCUCGAUCUAAUUUCUUCAAGAGUCCAGAAUGGUUGGGAUUUCCUCACGAAGGCUAUAGAGUUGGUCCUCUGCAGACCUACAUUUCCAGUCGACGGGAAAACAAUACACUCAAGAUUGCGGAGACGACAAAAGAAUCAGUGCUGAAAGCCGCGGCAGAAUACCAGAGUUUGCUCACGUUCGGCCUCUUGGAAUCCGUGAUUGAGGCUCCAGUGGCAGAAGAUAUGGUUUUGGAGAGGAAUCCAAAUGGAAAGCUGUUCAUGACCACGAAACAUCUUGUCACAAUAAUCCGGGAUUGGCUGUAUCGAAUAGACCAGGCUCAACCAGAUGCAAGAAAAUCCUGGUUGGAGCGGACCAACGCCAACCUCCGCGUAGCCAAUUCUCUGAUGGUGUCUUUUGCAACAAGGGACUUCUGGGUAUUUCGACCUCUUGGCGACAUGUCACCUUCAAUGGUUUGCUUCAUCGUCAUGGUUGCCGAAGCAUUGGAAAGCGCGCGUUCGAGAUUGGUUCCAACGUCUGGAGUCCGACUGGAAGGCUUUUCCUGGUCCAUGAUAUGGACACCAUCACAUAAAGAUGCCUUGCGUAAAUCGAUGCAUUCGGACGGGUGGUGCCCUCAUACCGUAGAAUACCUUGUCAGCGCAAGACUGGUGUCCUCGUUGAAAUACGCGUACGACCACAGACCAGCGGAAACUAACAGACACCAUGAACACUGCAGCCAAAAAUCAUGUGUCGCAUACGAUGUAGACAUAGAUAACUAUACCUCCAAGCAUACGGAUGAAUGCAAAUGUCUACAGACGCUGCUGAAAAGACCCUGCGAGUACGUCAAACCUGAUCUGGACCAGGUUGUCACUUACAUAUCCCAUGGACAUGUUCCCGUUGUUUCCCUUGACCCUGGUGGACUUCAAGUCCACAAGUCAUCGGAAAUAUCUUAUGUUGCUAUAUCCCAUGUGUGGGCAGACGGGCUAGGAAGUAAUUCGGAAACCGGACUUCCUCUCUACCAGCUACGACGCCUGGACAGCCUCGUUUCUACCCUACAGCAAGGCGCAGCUUUCUGGAUCGAUAGCUUAUGUAUCCCAGGUGCCCAAGAGCCUCGCAAAAAGGCAAUCAAGAUGAUGUCUCGAACGUACGAGGCGGCGGAAAGGGUCCUGGUUCUAGACAGUAGUCUGGAGUCAAUGGAGUCUACGGAGCCGAAAGGCGUAAAGCUAUUACGCACGCUGACUUCGGGGUGGAUGAGGCGUCUCUGGACACUCCAAGAAGCCGUACUAGCCAAGAGACUCUUCUUCCAGUUUUCUGAUGCGCAACAAGAGAUAUCAAGUCUGCUAUCUUGCAGUUUCGACAUGCUGUUAUUCCCGCAUGAAACUGAUCUGGCAAUUGAGCUGUUUCGUUUGACGAAGAAAGUUAGCUAUGGUGCUUAUGAAAUUGGCGACGUUGCGCGGUCGCUUCGAUGGAGAAGGACAAGCCGAGGGUCAGACGAAACACUUGCCAUUGCAAGCCUCCUGCGUCUGGGUAUCUCUAGACUUCUAGACGUUGCUCCGGAACAACGAAUGUGCCAGCUUUUCCAGGAUCUUUACAAAAUUCCACGUAACGUAUUGUUUCUCAACGGGCCAAAAAUGAGCAGUCCAGGGUUCCGGUGGGCUCCUCCUUCAUUCAUGGCAGCCCACGGCGGUAGUGAAGGGGGAGUACAGCUAUCAGCAGCCUUGAACGAUGCAAUAUGUACAUCUAUCGGUCUCCGAGCAAGUUACCAAGCGUUAGUCUUCCCAGAGAUGACACUUGGGGUAAACGGCCCUUGGGGGGUGCGAGACCCGCGAGCCAAUCGGUUAUAUGAGAUACGCGAUUUGCCACUAGCAAAGAGCUACCAGUGCAAUAUGCUAUUAUUUCCGGACUCCAUUGCAGCCGGCAAUGCCUCUCCAUGUGUGGGCGUGCUACAACGUCCCAGUUCAGUGGAAAAACAUGCAGAUGGUUCAUUCACUGUGCACUGCGAAUACAAGGCAAGAUUAGUUAUAGUUAACGUUGCAGAAGAGGACGGAAGAACGCGCAUGGUGGAUUCAACACUGUCUGGGGGUUUGAAAGUAUGCGUAAGCUAGGUCUAAUGUUGGAGAAGGAAUUUGACGUGGAGAUAGUCAUCCUCGAAAACAACAC